GAUGCGCGGCCCUCCCUCCGCCGGCCGGGGUCCUGCGGGCUCGGGGCGCCGUGAGGCAGCCGCUCCGCCCCGCGCCGCGCCAGGCCCCGAUCCGGCCGCGCACGCGGAUGCAAAGUUUCGGGGGAGGGUCGCGGAGCGCCCCCCUGUCCGCGUUUUCUGCCUGUGAGUUGCCGGGCGGAAGGGAGAGCGGGAACCAUGUUAGCAGCGUGACGAUCCGGUUCCCGGAGGCUCGGACUCGCCGGUCGCUGGAAGCCGGGCCCGCGGGAGCCUGCGGGGCGCCGCGCUCGGAGCAGGGCGGGCCCGUCCUGGCCGGGCGGGGGGGACGCUGCGGGGGCUUUCCACCCGGGGACGCGCUCCGCCGGGACGACGUGGUCGAGCCCCUCGUGUCACUUCCAUGCGAAUCCCCAGACUCGUGACGCGUCAACUUCUUUCUGUGUCAAGCGUGACACUCGCAUCAAGAGCCCUCCAGUCGGAGUUCAUGCCCAGAAUUUACGGAUGUAAAGGAAGAAACUAUAGAGACACUGAAACCAAAGGAGAGAUUUUUAAUUCCUUAGUGCAAUAUUUUGGUGAUAAUUUGGGGCGAAGAGUUAAAGCUAUGCCAUUAGUUGAAGAAACUUCUUUACUUGAAGAUUCAUCAGUGACUUUGCCUAUGAUUGUAAUAGGAAAUGGACCCUCAGGGAUCUGCCUUUCUUACAUGUUAUCAGGCUACAGGCCAUAUUUAUCACCAGAAGCAAUACAUCCAAAUCCAAUCUUACAUAGUAAAUUAGAAGAAGCAAGACAUCUUUCCAUUGUUGAUCAGGACUUGGAAUACUUGUCUGAGGGCCUUGAGGGCCGGUCAUCCAAUCCAGUUGCAGUGCUGUUUGACACGCUUCUGCAUCCAGGCGCCGAUUUUGGGCACGAUGACCCAUCUGUGUUGCACUGGAAGUUAGAGCAGCAUCACUAUAUCCGUCACUUAGUCCUUGGGAAAGGUCCACCCGGCGGAGCCUGGCAUAAUAUGGAAGGCUCCAUGUUGACAAUCAGCUUUGGAAACUGGAUGGAGCUACCGGGACUUAAAUUUAAAGAUUGGGCAUCUAGUAAACGAAGGAACCUAAAAGGGGAUCGCGUUGUGCCAGAGGAAGUGGCUCGCUAUUACAAACACUAUGUAAAAGUCAUGGGUCUCCAGAAGAACUUCAGAGAGAAUACGUACAUCACCUCUGUGUCCAGGCUCUGCAGAGAUCCAGAUGACGACGACGAUGGCCAAGACAGCAGUAUUUCAGCACAGCAGCUCCAGAUGGAGAAGUCCAAGUUCAUCAGGAGGAACUGGGAGGUCCGGGGUUAUCAGCGCGUAGCCGACGGGUCCCAUGUGCCCUUCUGUCUCUUUGCUGAGAACGUGGCUCUGGCAACUGGAACGCUGGACUCUGCUGCCCGUCUGGAGGUUGAAGGGGAAGAUUUUCCUUUUGUGUUUCACUCAAUGCCUGAAUUCGGAAAGGCUGUGAGCAGAGGCAAGUUGCGUGGCAGAACGGACCCAGUGCUGAUCGUGGGCUCCGGGCUCACUGCAGCUGACGCAGUACUGUGUGCUUACAACAACAAUAUCCCUGUGAUUCAUGUAUUUCGCAGGCGAGUAACGGACCCAAGUUUAAUUUUCAAGCAGCUUCCCAAAAAGCUUUAUCCAGAAUACCAUAAAGUCUAUCAUAUGAUGUGUACUCAGUCGUGUUCUGCAGACUCAAAUCUUUUAUCUGAGUAUACCAGUUUUCCUGAGCACCAUGUGCUUUCCUUUAAGUCAGACAUGAAGUGCAUCCUUCAGAGCACCUCUGGAUUGAAGAAAAUAUUUAAACUCUCUGCAGCAGUGGUACUGAUAGGUUCUCACCCCAAUCUGUCUUUUCUGAAGGAGCAAGGCUGUUACCUGGGCCAUAACUCAAGUCAGCCAAUCACCUGUAAGGGUAAUCCUGUGGAAAUAGAUGCAUAUACCUACGAGUGUGUCAAAGAAGCCCACCUUUUUGCAUUGGGUCCUCUAGUCGGAGACAAUUUUGUUCGAUUUUUAAAGGGGGGAGCACUGGGUGUUACACACUGUUUAGCUGCAAGACAGAAGAAAAACCAUUUAUUUGUUGAAAGAGGAGGAGAUGGGAUAGCUUAAAGCAGCUUUACCAGUAAUUUAUAUGGUCAGUUUAUCAUUAAAGAUUUUUACUAGUGUCUUUGCAGUGUACUGGCUUGAAUUUUCUGGACUUGAAUUAACUGGAGGAGAGCCUCGAACUAUUAUGUUUUAAAGUUACAAGAACUUGGUGUUCUGAUUUAUAUUGUAAUGUAUCAAGGGUGUCACUGUCAGACAAAUGGAAACGCUGCCAAUUUAGUAUACUUUAAGUUCUCACUUAACUAAAACAGUCUUUUCUUCCAGGAUGUACUUUUUCUGAUCAUUUUUGGUUAUUUGUUAUGAUUGAUUCCAAAAUAUUGCAGCCUGAAUCUAUAAAACCACAUAGUCAUUAGGCCAGAAACUGUCCUCGCUACAUAUCAGGUGACACUGCUACUCAAAGGGUGGACCAGGGACCAGCAUAACCUUCCUCUGUAGCUUGUUAGAAGUGCAGAUUCCACACCUGACCACAGACUUAAGAGUCAGAAACCACAUCCAAUUACUGAGAUCCUCAAGGAAUAUGCAUGCUCAUUAAAGUGGGAGGCAAACUGGUCUCAAAGAAAGUGGGCGUGGUGUGUGUGCACUGGAGGUGGGGUGGGAUAGAAGGCAUUUGAACUCAGGUUUUAUUUAUUUUGAAAUUACCAAUUGUAUGAAUCUAACUUAUUACCAAAUAUGAUCUUUUAAAAAAUAUUUUUAUUGUUGAAAGCUUUACAGAUGCUUCAUAUUCUUAGCUUCCAGUAAGUUAAUUUCAACAGCCCAAUAAUGUUGGCAACACCCAGAAUUUACCAAGAUGUUCUCUAGAGAUUUAUUCUCCACUUAACUUGCCUAACACUUAACCUAAUUUGAAAGUCAAUAAAUUGUGAAUGGUACUACCUAUCCCUUUGUGAACAGUUAAUUUCUAUCAUUGAAACUAAGACAUCUGGGCAUAAGUACUUCUAAUAUUGUAAUACUAUUUGGGUAUUGCCAGAAUUAUUAAAGACUAAAAUUGAAAAUAAGGUUAAAACCUGUCUUUUCCAUUCCCAAUAUGAUUGCUUUCAAAUUUGUUCAUACUCAUAAAUGACAUAGCAGCUCAUUCUGUGGUUAUUUAUUGAAUUGUAUGCUCUUACCUUGAUUUGUAUUUAUUUAGGUGUGCUUAAUUAAUGUCUGUGUUUUCAUACAAAUCCCCAGAACUUUUAGUAUUAGACAAAAAAGUCUUCUGAAGUUCUCCAUGGCAAAUUAAAUUUCUCCUAUUCUCUCUCUUAACUCUCUCGCUCUCUUUUGGUAGAAUUUAUUUCAUUUGAAAUGUGUUUAUUGAACGUCUGAUUUUUUUUUUUUUUAGUAUUAAAAAAUAGACUGAAGUGUCAUUAUUUUGCUGUCCAUCUUUUUGCAAUGUUAUGUGCUUACAGGAUCAAAAUUCACCUUCAAAUAGAAUUGUUUAGAAUAUACUUUCAUCUACAACUAGCUGUUUCAGAUAAACAAUGAAUUCUUACACUCCUGAAAACUGUCAUGUCUGAGUAACAAUUUUAGAAAUGAUGUGAUCCAGUUUUAGUUUAUUAUAAUGGUAAUUUUUUUCAAAUUAAUUUCACAUCUAUUGGAAAUGGUAUAACAUACUCUGACUACACUUGAUGGAGCACUCUUGCCUGCCUUUUCUUUUGAGCUCUGAAUGAGUUAGGUUGGAUGUUUUCUUAAUGUCACUUCUAAACCAAAAAUGACAUUGUUAUAAAGAUGGUUUCUAGGGAAGGAUAAGAACUGUUGAUAUCCCCUUGUGUCCCAAAAGCUUGCUCCUACCCAUCCUAUAGCAUUUAUGUGCGAUUAUUCACCAAAAAAAAGACUUAGGUAAAGUCAAGUUCCAGUAGGGCCCAAAAUAAACCUGAUGAAUAAUUUCA